AUGAACAUAGAAGACGCGAUCCAACGAGAGGAAGACAACCGCAUCAAAACCUCAAAAUACAACUUCUUUACUUUCCUGCCCAUGAAUUUGUUCGAGCAGUUACAAAGAGUUGCCAAUAUUUACUUCAUAGUGCUACUGAUCCUGCAAUUAAUUCCUCAAAUCUCGUCUCUGUCCUGGUUCACCACGAUCGUGCCUCUGGUGCUGGUUCUGGCCAUCACGGCGGUCAAAGAUGCGACGGAUGACUUUUUUCGCCAUAAAAGUGAUCGACAAGUUAACAACCGCCUGACUCAAGUUCUCAUCAAAGGAAGUGAGACCAAUCUGAAAGUGCGACAGGCUCUGACGAUCACCUCCGAGCUCGCAGACAGUUCCAAGCUGAUGGACUUUGACGGGGAAGUCAUUUGUGAGCCGCCGAACAACAAGCUCGACAAGUUUACGGGGACCUUGCUGUGGAGAGACUCUAAAUACCCCCUUGAUAAUGAGAAAAUGCUGCUUCGAGGCUGCGUGCUCCGGAACACACAGUGGUGUUUUGGGAUGGUCAUAUUUGCAGGUGAGAUUUGA